UGUUUAUAAACAAUUUCAAAAAGUAAUCAUGAGCUAAAAUAUUUUUAAAAAAGUGCUUAUAAUUAUUUCGAUUUCAAAAUCAAGGCAAUCACUGGAUUACUGAGUUGAACAUCGUUUGAACGAAAUUAAAAUAAAGUAUUAAAUGGCACACUGUCGAUUUUGUCAGAAAUCAUGUGAACAAAACCGCCGUUUGCUAGACCGCUUCUUCCGAGAGAAGCUCCAGGAUGUGCUUUGCAUGUGGGUUGACGUCAGCUCCGAAGCAGACCACGCUACUGUUUGUCAGGAAUGUGAGCUUGAUAUUUUGCAAUUUUAUUCCUACAAGCAACAAUGCAGAGAAAUGCUUCGAAGGCCACCAGGUGCGAUUGUCUCCGAUGACGGCGAAACCGAGUUCCUCGAUAAUGAGCAGCAAUGGGCAGAGGUUCCUCAGAAAUCGGCAUGUGCGUCAAUUGCCGAGAAUGCUGAGAUUGAAAUACUCGAUGACUUAAGCUGUUUGAAUGAAACAUCAGUAGUGACAGACCUGAAGAAUAUUCUAUCGCCACUAUACGACAAUGACGAACCAGAUAAUUUCCCUGUCGAGGCCCUCGACGACUUCGCCGAAAAAAAAGAACCCCAAAGGACAGAAAGAAAGAAAACGCGAAAUCCCACGAUCUUAACAGAGGAGAAACGGCUAGCUAAACAGCUAAAACCGAAGCGAGCCCUUCGGAGGAAAACGGAGGAAGAAAAGGCUAUGUCCCCAGAGGUUUAUAAAAAAUACUAUUAUAAGAUGAUUAGCGAAAAAUACAAACAAACUUGCGAGGUUUGUGGUAAACGUCUUCCACCGGAAAGAAUGGAAGGUCAUGUCAAUGGUCAUAAAGGGCUGCAACCAUAUGCAUGUGAAUUUUGCGAGCUACAGUUCAAUUGUAAAAUCAAUAUGCGCAAGCAUGUGCAAAGAAAUCAUGUCGUUGGAGUGCAGAUUCCGUGCGCUAUGUGUGAUAAAGUGUUGAUUAGCCAGAUGGCUCUCCGACAACAUAUACGAACGGUACAUGAGGAGAAAAAAUAUCAGUGUCCCAUCUGUGGGUUAAGGAGUCCGAAUAAUCAUUCAUUGACACGCCAUAUGAAUAUUCAUACUCAAACGAGGAAUUUCGUUUGUCCACAUUGUGCCAAAGCUUUCUACUGUUAUAGCGUGCUGAAGAUUCACCUGAGAACGCACUCCGGUGAAGAGCCUUACAAAUGUGUAAUUUGUCCGAAAGGCUUUGUGCAUCGUCGGUUAUAUGUGCUGCAUAUGAAAAAACUUCAUCCGGAGGAACCAUUGAUGCGUAUUAAUGGCACAAAGGAGUUGAAAACAACAUUGAUGAAAAAGCACUACUGAUCACGUUUCGCCUACAAUGGAUGUAUGUUGUUAUUAGGACUUCGGAUAAGUUCUCGCUGUUUUCCAACAUAUGACAUUCCGACAACUUGGUGCAGGUUUUCAAACGGUAGCUCAUUCGCGGCUUCGAAGGGGCAGUGUCACCGUCUACAAGGGCUUUGAGAUGUCAUGCAUUAUAACGAAAUUCAUUUCCGAAUUCUUAUGAUUUUGAAGUACAAUGAAUUUCAUGUUUUCGUUUCACAAUAAACUCUUUGUUCUAA